UGUCUAUAUUGUGAAGCGUUCAGCUCUGGCUGUGUACUGCAGGACACUGACCUGUCUGCAUUUGAAACACAGCUCUCAUCCACUUCACCCCGAGUCCUUAUCCUGCAAAGAUGAGAGCAGUUCGGUGGCUGUUGACUUUGGGCCUGCUGCUCCCUCUGCUAUCCGCCUCGCUGGCCACCCACAACAUCUGCACUGCCAAGCCCAAAGAUCUGCCCCUGGAGCCUCGCUGCAUCUACCGUAACCCCAGCCCUGAGGAGGAGGAACCCACACAGCAAACGGAUGCAGUCCCUGAGUCCACCAACCCUCGAGUAUGGGAGCUGUCCAGGGCCAACAGCCGCUUUGCCCUGUCCUUCUACAAGCAGCUGGCCCAGAGCAAACCCAGCGAUGAAAACAUCUUCAUGUCUCCCAUCAGUAUCUCCACAGCAUUCGCUAUGACCAAGCUGGGGGCCUGCAAUGAAACCCUGAGGCAGAUCAUGAAUGUGUUUGAGUUUGACACUAUAAAAGAGAAAACUUCAGAUCAGAUCCAUUUCUUUUUUGCCAAACUCAACUGUCGCCUGUACCGUAAAAAGGACAAAACUACAGAACUGGUCUCUGCCAACAGACUUUUUGGAGAGAAGUCCCUGGUUUUCAACGAGACCUAUCAGAACAUCAGUGAGGUGGUGUAUGGGGCCAAGCUACUGCCUCUCAACUUCAAGGAGAAACCUGAGCUGGCCCGGGUUACCAUAAACAGCUGGAUCUCCAACAAGACAGAGAACCGGAUCCAGGACACCCUGCCAAAUGGAACACUGGACUCUAACACUGUUUUGGUUCUGGUCAACACUAUCUACUUUAAGGGUGAGUGGAAGAGCAAGUUUGACAAAGACCAUGUCUUCAAGUCAGACUUCUUCGUCAGUGAGACAGAGAGCUGCCAGGUUUCCAUGAUGUACCAGGAAACAAAGUUCCGCUACGGAAACUACCAUCAGGACCAUGUUCAGGUUCUGGAGCUGCCGUACCGAGGAGACGACAUCACCAUGGUGAUCAUACUGCCUGGGAAAGACACAUCUCUUGCUCAGGUUGAGGAGAGCCUGGACCUGAGCAAACUGAGUGGUUGGCUGGAGGACCUGAGAGAGACCACGGUGUCCGUCCAGAUCCCACGAUUCAGAGUGGAGGACAGCUUCAGUCUGAAGGAGAAGCUGCAGGCCAUGGGGCUGAGUGACCUGUUUGACCCGCAGAGGGCCAGCCUACCAGGUAUGCUGGAAGAUGAUAGCAACACGCUGUGCAUCUCUGAUGCCUUCCACAAAGCCUUCCUAGAGGUAAAUGAGGAGGGCAGCGAGGCAGCAGCAGCCACAGCUGUGGUGGCCAUUGGACGCUCCAUCAACUUCAACAGGGAGGUGUUUGUAGCCAACCGGCCCUUCCUGCUUCUCAUCAGAGAGUCCACCAUCAACACCUUGGUGUUCACCGGCCGUCUGGCAAACCCCUGUAGCGCCAUCUAGUGGUCCAAGUGAUCUGCCACACAAACAUGUUAACGUGUACACACACACACACACACACACACACAUGCACACGUGUAUAUAUAUAUAUAUGUAUAUAUAUAUGCAGCUGAUGAGUGCAUUGAGCAUGAAACAAGCUUGUUCUGCGAUUUCACAACUUUGAGCAAUAAUUAUAUAUAUACAACACACACACACACACCGCAUAUGCUAAGCUAAAUAAACCGUCUAGGAAAGAGUUA